CAAAGAGUUCCAAUGUAUUUGCUGCAACUGUUUUUAUUGUGUGCAACAAGACGACAAACGUAAAUUUUAAGUUAUCGCUUAACUGUGGACAAUUGUGAUUGCAACAGUAGCAGAAUCGGCAAAAGCGCUGCAAAUCGAGACUAAUUAAUUAUAAUCAACGCAACAUUUGUUUCUAAAAUACCCAUAUCGAUUUCGAUAGAUGCAAACAGUGCCACACGGGCUACAGGCACUGCAGGCAAAAUAAACAAGAGCAAGAAAAAUGCGUGCGCUAAUGCCAGCGCAUAUAUUAAAUAUUAAAUCAAUAUUUUCUACACUAAUCACGGUGUUACUCAUUUCUCCAAAUGUGGUUUUAUCGCGUAAACAUCACUUGGAAGUUCGCAAUGAUAUGCGUCCGUACAUUGCGUUGAGCACCUUCGGCUUUUACACAAACGGGCAUUUGGAUGUCCAGCUUAGUCAGCUGACCGUGGAUGAUGAGCAGGCAACCGAUUUGUUCGGUCUAUCUCUGGAUAAGACAACUAUUGAUCAGCUCAAUCCGUACCUGGACUCGCACCAAAACAAGUGCAUACUAGAAGAGCCCCCAUCCAAACAAAAAAGUGGCCCAAUACUUUUUUUUCUACUUGAUCUGAAGGAGCUGAAAGUACGUGUAAAAUGCUCGCCAGAAUGGGUAAACAAACAUGUCUACAAGGAUGUCAUGUACCGUCACAAGCGCAACUCACAUCUGACUAAGGUCAGUGAUUCGGCAUUAUUUAUGCAGAAGCGUCGACGUCGUGCUGUGGUUCCAAUUGGUUCCGUGGAAGCUGAUGAUGACAUGGAUGAUCAUUCGUUUGAGGAGCCCUUGCAGCCAGAGAUGGAGGCAGCUGAGGCUAAGGCAAAUGCAAAUCUUAAGCAGCCAAAUUUGUCAUCACCCAUUGUGGCUGGUAAAAUUGACGGAGCUGCUAAGGCGGAUGUGGCAAAUGUUAAAGAUGCUAUAGCAGAAGCAGCCGGUGUUAAACACAAACAGUUCUCUGUUUUGCAACCAAAGGUAGAGUUAGCCGCGAGUGCACCCUCGGCUUUAGCCGGGCCGUCCUCUGUUCGCAUGGCUGCAGUCACAGGUGGCAACAGUGAAUCACAAGUUGGCGCUGCAGGUAUUAACAACGUUAACAUCGAUGCUGGUGUCGUGGCUGUUGCAUCAUCGACGUCGUCUAGUAGUAACAAUAAGAAGAUAAAAACUAAUGGUGAUGCUGAAGUGCAGCCAGCAAUGCCUGUAGACAGAGCCGUGAUAACAGGCUCGGUGUCUGACAUUUACGACUCCAACUAUUACAGACAAUCGCAAGAGGAGUUAUGCAGAAAUUUCUCUCUGCCGCUCAACAAGAUAACAGUUGAUGGUACCAACUACUACAACUUCACAUUUUCCAUGUUUGUAGCAACGCAGCAUGAUGAGGGGUUGUAUAAUUUGUACUUCCAUGCCUGUCCCAAUUAUCAACGCCCCAAGAUCUUGUCGUUUAAUGUGGAUAUUGAGGAGAACAAUAAUGGCAACUAUUUGUCAGCUGGAGAAAUGCCGCUGCCGGCCUUGUACUUUAUGAUGAGUCUAUUAUUCUUUUUGUCCGGCCUAUUCUGGGUAUUCAUUCUGAAGAAGAGCAAGCACACCGUGUACAAGAUACACUACCUGAUGGCUGUGCUUGUGUUCUUAAAGUCGCUCUCUCUUAUGUUCCAUUCAAUCAAUUACCAUUUUAUUGAGAAACGUGGCGAGCAUGUCGAAGCAUGGGCCAUACUGUACUACAUUGCGCAUCUAUUGAAGGGUGCUGUCCUGUUUAUCACUAUUGUGCUCAUUGGUACCGGUUGGACAUUCAUCAAACAUAUACUCUCCGAUAAAGAUAAAAAGAUCUUCAUGAUUGUCAUUCCGCUCCAGGUAUUGGCCAAUGUGGCCCAAAUAAUAACAGACGAAUCAGAUCAAAGCGACGCUGAAUUCCGCACUUGGCACAAUAUUUUCUUCUUUGUGGAUUUGCUCUGCUGCGGCGCUAUACUGUUCCCCAUCGUAUGGUCUAUCCGCCAUUUGCACGAGGCGUCCGCCACGGACGGAAAGGCGGCAAUUAACCUACGCAAGCUAAAACUUUUCCGGCAAUUUUACAUUAUGAUCGUCUGUUACAUUUAUUUUACGCGCAUUAUUGUGGACUUGCUGCAGAUGACGGUUGUCUUUCAGUAUGCCUGGUUGGACGAGAUGUUUCGCGAGAUGGCUACAUAUGUGUUCUUUGUGCUUACUGGCUACAAGUUCCGUCCAGUCUCUUCACAUCCAUAUUUCACAGUGCCAGAUGACGAGGAAUACGACGAUGUUGAGGUGGUUACCGAAUCUGGUCUCACCGCAUCAGUGCAUCGUGUUAAGCCGCACAAUCGGUCAGCUCAAUCUAACACUAUAACUAUUAUCGAGGGGAAUGAUGAUGAGCGCGAAAAUCUGAUUGCGAAGCGGGAAUCAAGCCAUGAAUACGAUUAGAACUUUGGAUAAAGCUAAUCACAUAUAAAUAUAUACAUGCCUACACAUAUACACACAUGCACGCGUGCACACACUCGCAUGCAUACAAAACGACAGUCAUAUAUAUAUAUAUAUAUAUAUUUGUAUUUAUAUAAGAUACAUAUAUUGCAGUGGUACUUUAAGCAAGACGAGUUCCAUAACCGCCAAAUGUUAAAAAAUUUUCAUUUGAUUGGUAUGGGAUGAGUGAUGUUUAGUUUUAUAGCCUUGUAACAGCACCUCCCUCACCCUCUCUAGCUCUUUUAAGUAAUGUUAAGCGCCCGUUGAACCUAAACGAACGUGUAAAUACAAAGCGGCGCUUAACGCAACUCCCAUACCCACAUACACAUACACAUUUACAGACAAAUAACACAGAGAUUGAUGCUUA